AUGCUUCCACCACACGGCGGUAUCCUCCAAGAUCUCGUCGAGAGAGACGCUUCUAUCAAAAACGAGCUUCUGGCUGAAGUCCCAGCACUCAGGUCAAUCGUUCUCACCGACCGUCAAAUAUGCGAUCUCGAGUUGAUUUUGAACGGAGGAUUCUCUCCUCUCACUGGAUUCCUCGUGAAAAAGGACUACUUGUCUGUUGUCGAGGAAAUGAGACUUGCUUCGGGAGAGAUCUGGUCUAUUCCUAUCACCUUGGACCUCACUCAAUCUGAGGCUUCCAAGUUUGAAAUCGGAGACAGAGUGGUGUUGAGAGACCCCAGAGACGAUAAGCCACUUUCGAUCCUGACUGUCGAGGACAAGUAUGUCCCAGACAAGGAGAAUGAGGCCAAGAAGGUUUUCAGAGGAGAUCCAGAACACCCUGCCGUCAGAUACUUGUUUGACGUUGCCGGAGACGUCUACAUCGGUGGUUCUUUGCAGGCUAUUCAACUACCAACCCAUUACGACUAUGCUGCACUUAGAAGAACUCCAGCACAACUGAGAUCGGAGUUCAAGAGCAGAGACUGGGAAAGAGUGGUUGCUUUCCAGACCAGAAACCCAAUGCACAGGGCUCAUAGAGAACUGACUGUCAGAGCCGCACGUGAGCAAUUGGCCAACGUUCUUGUCCACCCAGUUGUUGGUCUGACCAAACCUGGUGACAUUGAUCAUCACACCAGAGUUAAGGUUUACCAGGAAAUCAUCAAGAAGUACCCCAACGGUAUGGCCCAGCUGGCUCUUUUGCCUCUGGCCAUGAGAAUGGCCGGAGACAGAGAAGCUGUCUGGCACGCAAUCAUCCGCAAGAACUUUGGAGCUUCGCACUUCAUCGUUGGUCGUGACCAUGCUGGUCCAGGCUCCAACUCCAAGGGUGUUGAUUUCUAUGGUCCUUACGAUGCUCAGGAGUUGGUGGAAAAGCACAAGUCUGAGCUAGGCAUCCAAGUGGUUCCUUUCAGAAUGGUGACUUACUUGCCAGAAGAGGACAGAUAUGCCCCAAUAGAUACCGUCAAGGAGGGAACUAAGACUUUGAACAUUUCAGGUACUGAGCUCAGAAAGAGAUUGAGAGACGGAACCCAUAUUCCAGAAUGGUUCUCCUACCCUGAGGUGGUGUCUAUAUUGAGAGAAUCUCAUCCACCAAGACCACAACAAGGUUUUGCCCUGUACCUCACUGGCCUGCCAAAUUCUGGUGUUGAUGCUUUGGCACAGGCACUACUCGCGACCUUCAAUCAAUUUUCAGGUGCUAGACACAUUUCCCUUCUUGAUGGAAAGAACGUUCCUGAAUCUGCCAUUCCAUUCGUUGCCCAUGAAUUGGUUAGAUCCGGUGCUGGAGUUAUAAUCGCCGACCCAAGAAUUGCUCCUUCGGCUGAGACCAUUGCCGCUGCCAAAAAGGUCAUCUCCAAGGCCGGUUCUUUCAUCACGCUCUCGUUGGAGACCUCUCUCGAGGAUGUCAGCAAGGUUGACAGAAAGGGCUACUAUGCCGAGGAGAGAACCGACGUGGCGUCCUACAAGAACCCCGAGAAUGCUGAGAUCAAGGUGGACUUGUACAGUGAGGGUACCACCAUUGCCAUUCAAAAGACCGUGCUGUAUCUAGAGGAGCAGGGAUUUUUCAAGUUCUAA